CUCCACCACAGGGUAACCAGACAAGAACGACUAAUUACAUAAGUGAUUAUGACGCAAAAAAAAGAACGCAUUCGAAGUUCUCUGUUUAUCGAUACAGCCCUGUAACAAGUUAUACUGUCAGAAGAAAGGAGCAAAAAUAACAUGUCUCACACGCCAAGUAGAAGUAGGACGAGAAAACAACUACAUGAAGAGGAGGAAGACGAAAUCCAUGUUGUUCAAAACCCACCCAAGAAGCGAUUCAAAUCUCCUAGCACCUCCACUGAACCCGAAAGUGAGAAAGAAUGUCAAAAUUGCAAGGUUCUACUAGAGGAACUGAGGCAGUACCGCAUGAAACAAUACAACUGCGACUGCAAUCCCUCUCCAACUAACCGGGAUCAAAUGCCACAACGUCAAAGGGAGCCAUCAAGGAGAACAAACCCCCAGGAGCCAGCACUGGUUUCGCAGAAUAUGCUUUGCACCAAAUGCAAAGUACUAGAGCAGGAGUUUAAUCAUGGCUAUCACAUCUUCAAGGACUCAGCUCACAGGGACUAUGUUCCUUUUUACUUGGAGGCAAAAUCUUCUGAUCCGUGCAGUUCACCACAGCCUGGGGAAUUCUGUCCGCGCUGUGCUAAGGAUAAAAAUAAGCAGAGUCCUUACAAAGAAAUCCAAGGGCACUUACAGUCAUCUACUCAAAUGUCCAAAGCAUAUUAUGCUCCUCAAAAAGAGACUUUCAGUGCAGGCCCACCUUAUGUGCCGUUUGCGUUUGGAGAAGCAGGCGAGUUCAAGAGCAUUCCUCACCAUAAUGGCUGCCCUUGCGAUGGGAAUAACGGCUUGUCGGCAAGCUUGGCUCCCAACAAGCCUAAAGGACAAAUGCACUCCACUGGUUGCCAUACCGAGAGAACACAGGAAAUGCCAGAGAAUGUAUGGGACCCGUAUGCUUUUAAACACGGAUCACCGGCCGCGCGUUGCAUGAAAUGUAUGGGUCGCAGUAUCUACUCGUGUCAAAUAUGCGAUACCUGUCAAUAUUAGACGUUUUCUUUUAACGUAUUUUUGUAAAAUAAGAAGAUAAAAAACAUUUCGAAAUAGUCGAAAAUUGAAUACUUUUACUGGAUAUUUGUCAAUGCCGGAAUGUGAUCAGAAUAAACUUCACCCUCUUCAUCUAGUUUUGUUAGUCUGACAAUAGUUGUUGCAGAACCUUAACAUAUUUUCAGUUGGUUUUAUACUUAAACAAUUUGUAUAAGCGCUCGCUUUGCUUAUCUUAUCUUCUUAUUUUCUAUAUCCAAAUCUCUAACAAACAGAUAAAUAAAAGCAUCGUACUUUAA